AGUAAUCUGUAGUCGGAAAGGAACGAACAACAGAUAUGAACAGGGAAGGCAGUGACGUAGCAGGGAAACCUCAAAGGUGAGUGUGGCUGAGAAAGACACAACAGAUCUGUUCGUGGGAUAGGAGAAGCAACACCAACACGCAAAUCGGAAGAAAGAUAACCAUUGAACCACGGAAUUGUUAACCAGCUUGGGAAGACAUUGAGCACUCGGCCUAACAUAUUACCAACAGUAUAUCAUCAAGAACUCGCCAAGUUACAGGAGGUAUCAAUUAUGGGUGAGUUUACGAUUCAGAUUAGCAAUGACCUUGUCAAUCAGCUUGUUGAUGAUGGCAUGCCAAAGAAAAAAACAAGAAAGAGCAGACGAAAGGUUGCAAGAGACACUGAAAAGUCUCAAUCUAAUGAAACUAGAAAGCCUGAGAGUGCAGUUAUUCCAGCGUGGCCAGUGCAGCCCCCUUUGCAUGUACCUGGAACGUUUCCUGCUCAACCUCUACAGUCAGAGUUAGAGAGUAUUCGGUCUACGCUUCAGGAAAGUGAGAAGGUUUUGGAAAGAUUGCAGAAGCAAGAGGAGAAUAUGUUGCAGGAAGUAACCCAGAAGGCAAAGGAUCUUCAUGAUAAAGAGUAUAAGCUUCCAAACCCAAAGCCUGAGCCAUGCACGGCCGAGAGAUUUGCGACCUUAUCAUGUUACAAGGAACAUAUCAAGGAUCCUUUGAAGUGUGCUAGUCUUGUUACCAGUUUUGCUGAUUGCCUACGUAGGUUUGGCCGUUUAGGUGACAAGUGAGUUAUACUGAAAUGUGCUUUAAAAGGAAUUUCGUCUGACAAAUGCAAAUAAACUAGUAAACUACAUACUGACUCAUAAAUACUCAUUGUGCUGCUGCCAAUUUUGUUUAAUCUUUCAUUCCCAACAUUAAACCAUGUUUUCAAAAUCCGAAUAAGUGAUGUAUUCCUCAUUUGGAAUCUGAACAUUUUGCUA